AUUCUUCUCACUGCCAUGCUCACAGCAACAACCAGAAAACAGCCGGUGCAUGAAAACCAUUAGUUUGCGAAAUUACACAAUCGGGGCCCCGCGUUUCGGCUCAUACAUACAGGUGACGUCGAGGAGGGAAAUGAAACCGCCAUAGCGCUAAUCGUAGGGCUGCAGUAAUGACGACAUAGCAUGCGUCAAGUUGAACAAAUUCUAGGGUAAAGAAACUGCCGUCGACUCCUAGUAACAAACGAGAUCAUUGUGAUAUAUGAGUAACAUUCCUGGAAUUAGUUUCAGAGCUGAGUAUAACAAAUCUGCAAACCCACGACAAUUCAUAACACCUACCGCACAAUCUCUAACACGUUAUCUCAAUCAUGGCCUCCACCGGACAUUCUCAGCCGCCUAAGGCUACAGCAUACCAAACAGAAGGUGUUGGUGUUGACUCAAAUCCCGCAGAGCAGCGCGCUGCUCAACAUCCUCAUAGCCAUGGUGAGCCGGUCGACCAACGGGUUCCAGAGUCCCAGUCGUCAGGCUCGCACAAGGCCUUGCCUACGAGUUUAGCUCAAGGUAUUCGUGGAGCACCGCCUGGAGAGGAGCAGAGCGGAAAGACACAAGAGGAUGUCGGACGACAUAAGGAGCUCGAAGGCGAGCAACUUGCAACAUUCAGUGAAGGAAAGAUAGCUGAUAACGUGGAGCGGAAACCUGGUGCGACUGGCUCACAGCCAGAUCUUGCAAGUGAUCUGGAUCGCAAGAAGGCCGAGCAGGCCGAGAAGAGGGAGGAUAUCAAGCAAGCUAGAGCACAGGGUACGCUGAGUGGUGAUGUUGAUCAACGCGCCACUGGAAACGAAACUCUUGGGGAUGUUUGAUACAAUCAAUAAUGUUAGAUUAGUACGACAAAGGUGGUCGCUUAUGCUGGAGGAUUUGCUUUGAUAAAUUUGAUUUUCCAUACUGAAUCAACGAUCAGAGAAAGCUGAAAUUAUUGGGAAAAAUUUCCAUGUGUGAACUCGAAUGAAUCUACCGCUACUUUUUGGUGCACCUAUUAUGAACUCUGUUAUUGC